UUGAUGUGGUUACUUGUUUUGAUUCUUUAACGGAUCGACGCUCACAGAAGAAGAUAAACAUCAAGUUUGUCUUACCUUGCAAAAAAUAAUCUUGAUUUAAUUUGAACUGGAUAAACAAUAAUGUAAACAUUUAUUUGAUUGGGAUCUAUUUGGUAGAAUAUUGUUCCCGUUAAAAUGUCUUGUAGCUACGCAGAUGGUUUGUCCCAUUAUGAAAAUAAAGGAGUUCUAGGUGUUCCAGAACAAUUUGAUUCAGAAAAGAAGGUUGAUGAGAAGUGUGAGGUUUUGGCCCAAUGGAUCAAGAAUUCUAAACAUAUAGUUCUCCACACUGGUGCAGGGAUAAGUACAUCUGCUGGUAUACCAGAUUUUAGGGGCCCUAAUGGAGUCUGGACGUUAGAGAAGGAAGGAAAGAAACCAAAUAUUAAUAUUUCAUUUAAUGAAGCAAUUCCUACCAAAACUCACAUGGCCAUCAAGCAUUUGUUGGACAAAAAUAUUAUUCACUACGUAAUAAGCCAAAAUAUAGAUGGACUUCACUUAAAGAGUGGCGUUUCUAGAACACAUAUGGCUGAAUUACAUGGGAACAUGUUUAUUGGUCAAUGUAACACUUGUGAAAGCCAAUUUGUUAGACCAGAAGCUACCUCAACUGUUGGCAAGAAAUGCCUAAAUGAAGAUUGUAAAAGAUCCUCUAUGCUACGAGGACGUACUUGUAGAGGUAAACUACACGAUACAAUUCUAGAUUGGGAGGACAGUUUACCGGAAUAUGACUUGGAAAUGUCCGAUUAUCAUUCCAGUCUAGCUGAUUUAAAUAUUUGUUUGGGUACCACCCUUCAGAUAGUUCCUAGUGGUAAUCUACCUCUUCGAUGUAAAAAAUAUGGCGGAAAAGUAGCUAUAGUGAAUCUCCAACCUACCAAACAUGAUAAAAAGGUAGAUUUAAUAAUCAAUAGCUAUGUAGAUGACGUCAUAUCAAGAAUAAUGAAAAAACUAGGUCUCGAAAUUCCGGAUUAUUCUACCGAAGUCGAUCCAACCAAAAACCAACUGCCAUCGUCUGUGAUUGAAUGGAAUAUUUUAAAAACCAAUAUUGAUGAAUUUAGAGACAAAUAUGAUGUACUGGUGAGAGAAUACAAAAAACUGAGAAUAGAACAAAACAUUUUAAAUAACUCAAAGAAACUAGCUAAGACAGUGAGGCUGAGGAAAGAAAAAAGUAUUAAGAAAAACUCUAGAUCUAGAAAAAAGAAGACAUCGAAAGCAGAGCUCAAUUUGGUGAAUCAAUCCAAUCUUAAAAUUGAACUGACUAAAUUAGUUGAUAUGGAAAAUAUGUAUUCAGCAUGAUGCAUUUGUUAGGUAUAAUUUUAUGUAAUGACCUUAACCAAAAGAAACUCUAAUGAUGAUGA